CUCAGUCCCUCCUCCGUGCCCUGACUGCGCUCUGACAUUGGUGGAAAUGCCAGGGAACCCUCAGUGUCCAGAAAGGAGCCGGGGUUAUUGUGGGCCGAACAAGACGGGUUCUGGAGGUAUGAGUAGGCUAUGCGGCUGGCUGCUUCUCCCUGAGGAAACUGUGGCCGAAUGCUAGCACCAGCCCACCACCAACGCAGCUGCUCCAGGAAUGGUGCCUGAGGGCUUCCUGUGAUUCAGAUGGCGACUAUCAAAAGGAAAUAGGAUCAUGGCAGCAGAUGACGACAAUGGUGAUGGAACAAGUUUAUUCGAUGUCUUCUCUGCUUCUCCUCUUAAUAAUGACGAAGGCUCUUUGGACAUAUAUGCUGGGUUGGACAGUGCUGUUUCUGACAUUGCUUCCAAAUCCUGUGUACCAUCCAGAAAUUGUUUGGAUUUAUAUGAAGAGAUCCUGACUGAAGAAGGAACUGCAAAGGAGGCAACAUAUAAUGAUUUGCAAGUAGAAUAUGAAAAAUGUCAGCUGCAAAUGAAAGAACUGACGAGAAAGUAUAAGGAAAUACAGACACAGAAUUUCAGCUUAAAAAGUGAAAAUCAGUCUCUUAAGAAGAAUAUUUCAGCACUUAUCAAAACUGCCAGGGUGGAAAUAAACCGAAAGGAUGAAGAAAUCAAUAAUCUUCACCAAAGAUUGUCUGAAUUUCCACAUUUUCGAAAUAAUCAUAAAACUGCAAGGACAUCAGAUACAAUUAAAACAAAAGAUCUUAAAUCCAGAUCUCCUCAUUUGGAUGAUUGUUCAAAGACUGAUCCCAGAGUGAAAAGUGAUGUUUCGAGAGAUGUGCAUCACAGCGCUUCGCUGCCAAACCUGGGAAAAGAAGGAAAAUCACAUUCUGAAAAAAGGAGCACUUCAGUUUUGCCACCAUCGAUCGAAAAACAUUGUGCCAAUGGCAGUUGGUCACGUUCCCAUCAUCAGGUCGGUGAGGGUAGCUCAAGUGAGGAUAAUAGAAGAGAGAAAAAAGAUACAAGACAUAACCAAUACGGUGGAGGAACUGAUAGAACACGAAAAGACUCUAGUGCUAGCUGUGGUGGUGGUGAACCGAGGAACAUAGAGGCUAAUCAAAGGCUACAGGGACGUCCUGAGAAAUAUGGUAAAGGUGAACCAAAAGCUGAAAGCAAAAAUUCAAAGUUUAAAAGUAACACAAAUUCGGAUUAUCAAAGUGAACACGUUAGCUCUUCCUGGGACAAAGAGAUGUCUAGAGAAAAGUCACACAUUCGAGUAGAAUCUCAAAAUGACAAAAGACUGGAAAGACAAAGUGAAAGAUCACAAAAUAUAAAUAGAAAAGACUUUAAAUCACAGGACAAAGAAGAAAGAAAAGUUGAUCAAAAACCAAAAUCAGUAGUAAAGGACCAGGAUCAUCGGAGGAGAUCUGAACAAACAUUGCUUCCUCAUUCCAGGAAUGAGAUGACAAAAUCUUUUCAUAAUUCAAGUAAAUACCAUCUGGAAGAGAGAAGAGGAAGGGAAGAAUGUAAAAGAGAUAGGAAUGUAAACAGUCAUAGUUUUCAAGAUGGAAGAUGUUCAUCUUUUCUUUCAAGCAGUAGAGCUUACAAACACAUUGACUCCAAGGAAGCUGAUGGUAUACACCAGUGGGAAAAUGCACCUUUAAAAGCAGAAAGGCAUAGGACUGAAGAUAAGAGGAAAAGAGAACAAGAAAGCAAAGAAGAAAAUAGGUAUAUGAGAAAUGAAAAAAAAACAGCUACGGAACAUUUGCAGAAGGCUUUCAAAGAAACCAAGAAAACCACUACUGAUUUAAAGAGACAGAAUGAGGCAAAAAAUGAUAAAAGAGAAAUUUCUAAAAGUGAAAUUUCUGAAAGAGUGAAUGACAAAGAACUUGCAGUUAAAGCUGAGAGUGGUCCAAAUGAAACAAAAAACAAAGACUUUAAGUUGAGCUUUAUGGAAAAAUUGAACUUAACUCUUUCUCCUGCUAAAAAGCAGCCAGUUUCUCAGGAUAAUCAGCAUAAAAUAACUGAUACUCCCCGAUCCAGUGGCAUUUGUGAUUUGCCGUCCUUGGUGCAGGCUAAAACAGUGACAUGUGUUCCAUCUGUUGGUGAACAUGUCACAGAGGAAAACAAAUCAAAGUUACUAGAACCAAAGGAUGCUCUUCCAGCAGCAUCUGAACUCAGGACCAAUAUUCCAGAAAGCAAAAUGGAAAAAAAAACCAGUUUGUUAGCUAAAUCUGUUGAGAAUUCUAUGCCAUGUGAUGUGCCACUUUGUGGUACAGAGACUUUCUUUUCAGCACCUGUGGAACUGGACCAAACAGAAUCCUUGUUUCCAUCAACAGAAAUGGAAAAAACCAUUGAUAGUGCAAAGCCCGCUCCCAGGGUAAUGGAUGUAUUACAAACAGUUGUUUCUCAAAACUUUGACUUGGAAUUGGAUACCAAAAGAAACGAUGGUUUAAAUUCUUGUGGUAUUUCUGAAAGUAUGGAAACAAAGAUGAAUUUUUCAACAAAAAUGGCUGAAUCCAGCGAGAGCAUUUUGCAGCCGUCAGUUGAAGGAGCUAGCAUUUUGCCAGCAAUCCUGUCAGAAGAUGGUAACCCAAAAUUAGAGCCUUCUUUUGUUGGCACACCACUUGAGAGUAAGUCUUGUCAUAUGGAGCCUUGCUUACCUAAAGACACUGUAGAAUCUUCAUUGCAGAAGGCGGAGUUAAUGGACCACAGGAUGGAAAUUGGUGAAACAAACUCAGUAUAUCAUGAUGAUGAGAACUCAGUUCUGAGCAUUGACCUUAAUCACUUGAGACCUAUUCCGGAAGCCAUCAGUCCUCUGAAUAGUCCAGUGAGACCUGUGGCAAAAGUUCUUAGAAUAGAAAGCCCAUCUCAAGUUCCAUUGUACAAUAACAGCCAUAAAGAUGUUUUUCCACUAAAUUCAGCUCAUUCUACCGCCAAGAAUCAGUCUGAUGAUAUCAAUAAGGAAAAUCAAAAGCCAACUUGCAAACCUGACAAAUGUACAGAAGCAGACUCCCGUAAGAAUUCAUCUACAGAUGAAUUAGAAGAAGGAGAAAUUAUAAGUGACAAUGAAACAUCUAAACCACAAGAAAGUUUUGAAAAAGGCGCCAAACCUAGAACUUCUCCUCAAGCGCGGAACACAAAGAUUAACCCAGGAAGAAGGAAAAGUACUGUACAUUUGGAUGAAAAUAACAGGAAAACAUCUUCUGUAAAAAUCCAUCAGACCAACAGCAAAUACAGUAAGACACCUAGUGACUCUCGCAGAUCUUCAAAAACAGGGAAGAAAGAUAAAACAAUGAGUACUUCCAGCUUGGAAAAAAUAGUUCAGAUUAUUGCUGCACCCUCUUCUGUACGAGAGGUUAUGCACAUGUUACGAAUGAUAAGAAAACAUGUAAGGAAAAACUAUAUGAAAUUCAAGGUAAAGUUUUCAUUAAUACAAUUUCAUAGAAUUAUUGAGUCAGCAAUUUUGAAUUUUACAUCUCUAAUUAGGCACCUUGAUUUAUCCAAGAUCUCUAAGUCAGAGACUGCUUUACAGAAGAAUCUCUGUGAUAUUAUAGAAUCUAAACUUAAGCAAGUUAAAAAGAAUGGCAUAGUUGAUCGUUUAUUUGAACAGCAACUACCAGAUAUGAAAAAAAAGCUGUGGAAAUUUGUAGAUGAGCAACUUGAUUAUUUGUUUGGAAAGCUUAAAAAAAUGCUAGUAAAGUUUUGUGAUUCCAUGCACUUUGGAAGUGACAGCGAUGAAGGAAAACUUGAAAAAACAAAUAAAGAAAAGGUACAACGUUCAAAUUGUCAGAAGGGGAAUAUGGAGAACUCCAGCAAAGAAAUACUGAAAAUAAAAGCCCCCAAAUCAGAAGACUCUGUUCAUUUUGAGUCUUUACUAGGUUGUAAAAAAUCUGAGGAAAAACACCAAGACCAAAACAACUCCAAUAUGAGCACAGGAAAGCAUGGCAUUAAAAAAAGUUUUAAUACCUGCUUUGAUAACAUAAAGAACUCUCAAUCCAAAGAGCCCUCCUUGGAACUAAACUGUCCGAGCACCCCAAAGCCCGGAAGAAUAGAAGGCAGCACUGUGGAAGAUGCACAGGCAUCCCAGCAUGCGGCUUUGAAGCCAGAACGUAGUUUUGAAAUUCUUACUGAACAGCAAGCAUCUAGCCUUACUUUUAAUUUAGUGAGUGACGCUCAGAUGGGUGAGAUAUUUAAAAGUUUGUUGCAAGGUUCUGAUCUUUUGGAUGGCAGUGUUAAUGGUAAUGAAAAAAGUGAGUGGGAGUUAAAAACCCCAGAGAAGCAACUGCUAGAGAGUCUUAAGUGUGAAUCUAUACCAGCAUGUACAACUGAAGAGCUAGUUUCAGGGGUGGUUCCUCCAAGUCCUAAAAUGAUUAGUGAUGACAAUUGGUCAUUAUUAUCAUCUGAAAAAGGGCCAUCUCUGCCUUCAGGGCUUUCAUUGCCAGUUCAUCCUGAUGUGUUGGAUGAAAGCUGUAUGUUUGAAGUGUCCACUAACAUAGCUUUAAGUAAAGAUAAUACAUGUAGUUCAGAAAAGAGCAAGUCCUGCAUUUCUUCUAUACUUCUUGAAGAUCUGGCAGUCUCUUUAACAGUACCAUCACCUCUGAAGUCAGAUGGUCAUCUCAGUUUCUUAAAGCCUGAGGUUUUGUCUAUUUCAACUCCUGAAGAAGUUAUUAGUGCCCAUUUUAGUGAAGAUGCCUUACUUGAGGAAGAGGAUGCAUCUGAGCAAGAUAUUCAUUUAGCUUUGGAGUCUGAUAAUUCAAGCAGUAAAUCAAGUUGUUCUUCAUCAUGGACAGGCCGGUCUGUUGCUCCUGGGUUUCAGUACCACCCUAAUCUACCCAUGCAUGCUGUCAUAAUGGAAAAGUCCAACGAUCAUUUCAUUGUGAAAAUACGGCGUGCAGCACCAUCUACCUCCCCUAGUCUUAAACAGAGUAUUGUGGCCGAUGAAUCAUUGGCAUCUUUGCCUGGAGUGGGAAAAGAAGCUGAUGAAGCAACAGAGAAAGAAUAUAUAUCUUGUCAGAACUCGGUUUUUAAACCUGUGGAUGAGUUGGAAAAAUCCAACAAAAAUGUUGAUGGCAGUAGAUUAGCUAACGAAGACCAGAACUCUGUGAUACAAACACAGGUUCCUGAUAUAUAUGAAUUUCUGAAGGAUGCUUCAGGUAAAGUGGGUGAUAGUAAUGAAGUGGCUGGUGAAUGUUUCAAAUUGCAUCAAGUAUGGGAGCCAAAAGUGCCUGAAAGCAUUGAGGAUUUGCCUCCAAUGGAAGAAAUGCCACAGUCUGUUGGGGAUCAUCUUCCAGACACAUACAUAGACCUAACAAAAGAUCCAGUCACUGAGACCAAAAACUUGGGAGAAUUCUUGGAAGUGACAGUUCUAAAUAUUGAUCAUUUGGGAUGUUCUGAAGGCAACUUGGAUCAAAAUGCUCAAAUAUUAGACAGUUCUUUACAGCUGGAUACUGUAGGUGCUUUUAUUGAUUUGACACAAGAUGCUUCAAGUGAGAGUAAAAAUGAAGGUAACCAUUCUGCUGUAGCUGAUGGAGGUUUGGGGUGUCAGGUGAUAUGUAUAGAGGAAGAGAACUGUAAGGAAGAAAAGCUGCCUGUGGCAAAUAGGCCCUUGGAAAGCAUUGUUGAGGAAGCUUGUAUUGAUUUGACCACAGAAUCUCCCAGUCCGUGUGAAGUAAAAAAGGAUGAUUUAAAAUCAGUGCCGAAAUCAAAUUCUGAUAGUUCAGAGUUGCCUGGGGCUUUGGAUAAUGCUCACAAAAAAAGAAAAAACCUUUCUGAUCUAAAUCAUUCUUCUCAGAAAAAACAAAGAAAGGAAAUAACCAGUAGGAAAAAGGCCAAGAAAAUCACUCAGGAUCCUGGAGAGAAUGAUGAAGCUCAUCAAAGGAAAGCCAAUAAGAAAAGAGUCUCUGCAGUAAAUAAAGAUCCCUCAUCAUUAAAAGCAAGCGCAGGGAUGCAGGAUCCAUCCACAGCACCUGCCACUUCUCCCACAAGCCUUUCUGCAAAGAAUGUUAUUAAAAAGAAAGGAGAAAUUAUAGUUUCAUGGACAAGAAAUGAUGACCGAGAAAUUUUAUUGGAAUGUCAGAGAAGAGGUCCAUCAGUGAAAACAUUUACUAGUUUAGCUGCCAAGUUGAAUAAAAAUCCAAAUCAGGUCUCAGAAAGAUUCCAGCAGCUAAUGAAGCUUUUUGAAAAGUUAAAAUGCAGGUAGUUAAUGGUUACACUUCAAGACACUACUGAACGUUUGAUUCUAUAACUGUGCAAUUAAUGGCCUGUUAGUCAUUGAAGAUGUGUGUAGUGGGUGAGAAACAUCCAGUUGACUUCCUGCUUCUGUCACUGGUUGGAGAUGGUUGCUUGUGCAGGCAUCUAAGGCCACCUCAUCCCCAGGGAAAUGCUCAGAGCGAAGCUUGCUGCAGUUCAGAUCAGCAAGGCAUCUCCCCAACCUUCCCAUUAUUGAUGAAUCUAAGGAGGGGCGAAAUCCAUUUGAUGGUUUAAAUAGUAAAUUUGUAGAUGAAGAAAAAUUAAUGAAUACAUUGUUAAAUAGAAAUAUGUUUUAUAACCAGUGGAAUCUGUGUAGCCAUUGCAAUUUAAUACAUUUCACAUUUUUAAUUAGAAGUGCUAAAACAGUUUAAAGUGAAUAAAUACAAAACAGGAAUUCAUAAAGAUGAAGUCCAUUGUCGUCUGAAUAGAUACACGAUUUACUGUUACAUUAUUACCAAGGUUCACAGACAUGUUUCUUUAAGCCAUUUUUUGGUACAGGUUUAUUAAGGCAAUAAUAUUUAAAUUAUAGCAGGUUUUUCCUGUAAGAGCUGGGCCAAUUACUGAAAUAUUUUGGAUAUUUACUUAAGGAAAAUUUCAAUUGAUUUGUCAUCAUAAUUAUUUGAACAAAAAGCAACUGAUUUAAAAUUAAAUUAGAUCUGAAUAGAAAUCAUAUUUGGACAUAGAUCUCAGUUUGAAGGGUUCUGAAUAUUUUUGAAUUAUAAAUCCCUUUUUCUAGGCUCAAUCCGAAUUAUUGUCUUUAGAUAACCUAUUAAUUUACAUGUCCUCUUGAAGCAACUGGUUUGGUAAUGAGAUCUUCAAAAGAUGUUUAGUAGUUCACUGUGAAGUUAAAUUUCUAAAUAAUUCAGAAAUAUAAGAUGGAAUAAUGGGAAUUUUGGGGAGGAAGCUGCUUCUAAAGAACCUUUAGAAAAUCGCUUAAGGGAAAAAGUGGCCUGGUUAUUUUUCAGAUUCACUGUGCUUUAACAUUUUCUCUGCCUUUAAGAAAUUAAACUGAUUUUUUGUUUUGUUUUGCUUUACUUGAAUGUUAAAAUAUGAUUUCUGUUGACUUGUGAAGAAAAUGUAAAUUUAUGAAAGAAUUAACUUGUAUCUGGAAGUGAUGCUUUUUAGUUUGGAAUUUCCAAAUUCCAUUACAAAUCUAAAAUUUCUUAAUGAAUUUGAUACUUGAGAUUUAAUUUGCUUGUACGAUAACACAUGUAGUGGGUCAUUUCAUUCCUAGCUUGUGUCUUAACUGAUUUUGUUCAAGUACUGUAAUCUGAUCAAAUUCUUGGAAAAUCAAAGUACAGUGAUAAACUUACCAAACUGAUUCUGUAAAUGCUAGUUCUUUAACACCACUGUCAUCCAAGUAGAGCUCAUUUAAAAGAUCAGAGCUUUGUGCAGUGGUCAUAUCAGAAAAAUAGAACCGUAACUCUAGCAUUUUCUUACAUUACAGAUAAGUUGCUGAAUUCCUUGGAGUUUUAAUUGAUAUUGCAUACUGCACAGAAGCUUGGAAUUCCUCAUGUUUUAAAUGGGGGAAGUAGAGGGUUUUUUUUCUUGAUUACUAGAUGAUCUACAUUUGUUAUUACUUGCUGACUCUUUCAUCUCAAGUCAGCAUGUACGUCUUGUUCCAGUCAUUGAUUUGAUUUGCUUACUUGUUAUUGGUUGAGAUAUUUAUUUUCAGUAUGUUAGAACUUGGUAUCAAAAUGAAAGCAACAAGGGUAUAGUGUUGACAGCUUAGUUUUGAUAUUUCAAAGAAAUGUCUUUUCUAGAUUUUUUAAAGUAGUUUUGUAAUAUUUUAAACCUAACAACUGUUUGGUUCAAGUUUUCAUCCACUUUUAUUUGCUUUUUCUAAUUGCCUCUUCUCAUUUUGGUACAUUGUAAAAUUAUUUAAAUAGUGUGUUUGUAAAUAUGUAUAAUUAUAAUGAUGUAAGAUAUCCGUGUGUGUACACACAUAAAUGGCUUUGUGUAGCCAAGGGUUUUUUUAUCUGUAUAAAACUUUUUGUAAAAAGUUUGCUUUCUAUAACAGUAAUGUAUAUUAAUAAAACCAUGUAAAGUUCUGUUAUAUUUUGGUUAGAAUGUUUCUUUUAGUGUGUUUGGAUUAUAAUUAAUUGGACUUUGAUAUCACACACUUUGCAUAACAUAGAUUUGAGUAUAUUUUCAAAACAAUAGCUAAAAUGACCAUUUAGCAUGGGCUAGUGUUCCUUUCCCAAGAGCAGCUUCGGGGAAACUUAACAAAACAAAAAAAGGUAAAACCCACAGGGGAGAUAUGGGGAAUGUUUAAAGUGGUUUGUGGUGGGGACAUGGCUGGCCUACCGGCCCUGAGUGGAUUCAUUAGAGAAAAUGGGUUGCUUGUUCUCUCACAGCAGGUACGGGCACAGUGAACCAGACCUGUGUUGCAAAAGUCCUCGCAGAUAAAAUCAGGGCAGCACAAAAGCCUUUUGGGUGAAGGUUUGGGGAAAACAAACCUUGAGCAUUACUUCUCCAGAUUCAUAGGACUGGUGGGUUAUAAGCGCAGCCCUAGACUCUAGGAAGUGCCGUCUCCCAUUGCCAUUUUUCCUAGGGUGCCUGAAGGGGAAACCUUGAUCUGAAGGAUUGCUUGGUAGAUAACAAACUAGAAUAAUUAACUGUGGUUUUUUAGUGCUGGGAUGCUUUAUCCUAGAGCUCGUCUCCUUCCCUCUCUUUGAAACUCCCAAUACAGGCGAGCUCGUUGCCCUUCCCCAUUGUACACUAUCAGAAGAGCUCCUGUAGCCAGGUGAAGUAGUUCACAGGUCACAGGAAAGUGAUAACCACGGGUUCAAAAGAACAACAACAAACUGGAUAACAUAAACCAUUAGAAUUUAAAAUAAAACUAAUAAACACUAAGAGAAAAAGGAAGAUUUUAGUAAUGUGAUUCACAAAUAAGAAAGAACAAGUAUAAAUAUUAAAGUAUAAUAUUUAAAAAUAAAGAACAUAGAAUGGGUACAACUGAAGAAUAAAUUGGAGUUGGAAAAUCAGAUUGAGAAACUCAGAAGCAAGAAAAAGAUAAAUAGAAAAUACAAAAAAUUUAAGAGAGAUGGAGAAUAGAGGUAGAUAUGCCAGCAUUUGGGUAAAAAGCCUAGAAGGAGAAGAAGUUAAAAUGAAGAUUAAAAGGGCCAGAAUGCAACUAUGCCAGAAAGAAAUACCCACAUCUAGAUAUAAACUGAUAAGAUUAUCAAAGGAAAAGAAAAAUCUAAAAGCUUUCAGACAAAGACUUUAAAUUGUCAUUCACAUGUUAGGGCUUAAUAAAAAUAUUAAGGUUUAUUACUCAAAAGAUCCACAUUGAAAACAUAUUUGGAGAAAGUACUCAAAAAUGAGAUGCUACAAGAUACAAGUGAUGAUACCUUUGCUAAAGUAAAGUAUGCUUAGUGAGAGAAAAAGUAGUAUAUUUGUGAUGAGCCAUGAUGUAACUCUCAGUAAUUAAUUGACAUUACCCAGUGGCAAGAUCACAGCUUUUAUUUACUUACUUUGGUAGUUAGGACACAAAUGAAUGGGGUAAGGUUCAUUGUGGGGUGUGCCUCCCUCAGACCAUCAUCACAGGGUGACUCGACACAGGAAAUCUCUUUUGCACAUGUAAGGCUCCAAGUUUAUGUUGCAGGAGAAAAGCUGGCAGGCAUUGCAUUCUAAGGGUUUUAUACCUCAGAGUGCAUGGGAACACUGAAAAGGGGUCAGAGGAAGGGCCUUUGUUCAGUUGCACCUGGCCUGACCAUCCAGUUGCCAAGCUUUGUUCAGAUUCAAACAGCAUGACAGUCCUGUGGCCAUGGGUGCAUGACCAGAAAGAACAUUUCUUCACCUAUUAGCUAUAAGAUUAGUUACUUUGGUAGAACUAUGUAGCCGUAGGUAGUCAUAGACAAAGUUACUGUGGGUUCAGAACAGGGAGGAAGCUUUCUCUGAUAAGUAGAAGGGACUGGGGGAGAGAGAGAGAGACCCAAUUCCCAGCCUCUUUAUCAGAGAAUGCUCUGAGCCCCAGGCCUCAGUUUAGGUAGUCUGGGUGGGAAUUGUAAAGGCAGAUCACUCUCUCAGCAAUAUCCAUCAUAAAUGAGAAUUAAUAAUUUUAGAUAAUAUCAACAUGGUGGAGAGGUGGGUGAGAUCAAGGGACGUUAGAAUGUUAAAAGUUCUUACCUUGUUAAGAUGAAGGUUUAGAUAUAAAAAUGUUAAACAUUUUUUAUUGAAGUAUGACACUGAUACAGAAAAUUGCACAAAAGAGCAAGCUCACUUGAAUAUAACCACAAUCUAGGUCAAGAAUUAGAACAUUGCCAGCCCUCUGAGUGCCUCCCCUCCCUGGCCUCUCCCACUUUAUAUAAUCCUGCUCCCCAGAGAUGAACACUAUACUGACUUACAUUUAUCAUAGAUUAGUUUUGCCUAUUUUUGAACUUUCUGUAACUGGAACCCUGCUGCCGUCGAGACAGUUUAUACUCUUAUUUGCUCACUAUUGUGAGAUUCAUCCCUGUUUUGAGUGUAGCAGUAGCACAUUUUUUCUCGUAUAUAUUUCCACUGUACAAAUAUACCACAAUUAAUUUAUCCAUUCUGCCAUCAAUAGACAUUUGUGUUCCAGUUUGUGGUUGUUGAAAUAGCACUGUUAGGCACAUUCUUGUGCACAUAUUCCAGUACAAAUAUUUAUGUAUUUCCCUUGGGUUUACACCUUGAAGUGUAAUUGAUGGGUCAUAAUGAUAUGAAUGUAUUCACCUUUAAACAGUUGUCUAAAGUGGUUUUAUCAGUUUACACUUCCGCCAGUAUUGUAUAAGAGUACCCAUUGCUGUACAUGCUUGCCAAUACUUGGUAUUGUAAAGUUUUAAAAUGUAAACACUUUGUGGUUGUGAUGUGUGUAUGUUUCUUAAACUCCCCAUUCCUCUUUCCUAGAGGUAACGACUGUUAAUCAUUUCUCAUAUUUCCUUCCCUGAAAUUUUUCUUAUGCAGGUGUGAGUGAGUGUAUGCACGUGUUUGUUACAUUCUUUAUAUGUUAUGUAUUCCAUUCUUUCAUAAAAGCAU